AUGGGUUUAUUUGGCGCAUUAGCAGGAGUUGCAUCCAGAUUUUUGCCCGCAGUGGGAACAAUAGCCAGAGGUGUAUUUGGAGUUGGAAGGAAGAUUUUGAGUACAUUAGGUAUACUUAAAGAGAAAGCACAACCUAUUAUACAAACUGUACAGAAAGGUUGGGAGGUAGCACGAGAUGCAGCAAAUCUUAUUCCAAAUCCUGAAACAAGAGGAAAAGUUCAAGGAUGGAUGGACAAUGUAGGAAGAGAAGCAGGAAACUACUAUAACAAAGCAAAUGA